AUGACAUUAUUCUUAGCCUCGUGGCAGACCGGCACGAACUGGUUCGAUGCGAAGACAAUGAUUACAGCGGAGUUAAAUCUUAUGAGUUUUACCUACGCAAGCGCUAUUACAACGUCGCGUACCACACAUAAGGAGUUUAAAAAACGCGAUUUGACAUUGGUGGAUACCAGUGAAGCGGCUGUAACUGUCACCAUAUGGGGAGAUGAAGCCGUCAAUUUUGAUGGCCACGUACAGCCAGUGGUUUUGGUAAAGGGUGGCCGUAUUAACGAGUUCAAUGGCGGGAAGUCUGUUAGCAUUGGUAAUGGUUCGACUUUGAAAAUAAAUCCAGACAUACCAGAAGGUCACAAGCUACGUGGUUGGUUUGAUAAUGGCGGUGGUGCCAACGUAACCAAUUCAGUCUCAGCAAGAACCGGAGCUAGUGGUAGUUUCAGUACAGAAUGGCUCACACUCUACGAAGCUCGAAACUUGGGUACUGGCGACAAACCGGACUAUUUCCAAACAAAGGCCGUUGUAUAUUUGAUUAAGAGUAAUAAUACCUACUACAAAGCUUGUCCCCAACCCGAUUGCAAGAAGAAAGUUAUCGAUGAACAAAACGGUCACUAUCGUUGCGAGAGAUGUAAUGCCGAUUUUACCAAAUUCAAAUAUCGUCUUUUGAUCAAUAUGAGCAUUGGUGACUGGACUUCAAAUCGUUGGGUUAUAUGCUUUAGUGAUAUGGGCGAACAGCUAUUGGGGCGCAGUGCCCAAGAAAUUGGUGAAGCAUUGGAAAAUAAUCCCACAGAAGCUGAAGAAAUUUUCACAUCAAUGAAUUUCCAUUCAUAUGUUUUCAAAUUGCGUGCCAAAGUUGAAACCUAUGGGGAUAUGAGUCGCAGCAAAUUAACCGUACAAUCGGCAUCUCCAAUCAACUAUAAAGAAUAUAAUAAAUAUUUGAUUGACAGUCUGAAAGAAAUGACUGGUAUUAAUAAGGCUUAGUUUUAG